AGUUAGAGCUCAUUUCUUCUGUGCCAUUUACGACGUUGACCUUCUGGUCGGGCAAUUUCCGGCCGCGAUGCUCCGAUGAGACUCGCCGUUGUCCUUCUCAUAAUGGUUUCCAAAAGUUUCUCGUUAUGGUGCGUCGAUGGCAAUGACUGCGAGGCAACAUGCUCUUUUUGUGAAGGUGCCGCUUGCCUUCGUGUACAAAGGCAACAUCCAAUUCGUGGAAUAUCGACGGCCAUGACGUGUCUACCGCAUGACUCACUUAUCCAUUCCUAUCAUCCUGAAGGUUGCCGAACGGAACUUUCAACAGGCGAAAAGCUGUGUCUAUGCUCUGGACGUGACUUCUGCAACUCAACGGCAACGCUACAUCUUUCACUAAUAUUUAUUACCUUGUUCAUGUUAUUUAUGUGAAUAUUUGCUGUAUAUUGGAUAUUGGUUAUUCUGAAAAAUGGG